AUUUUUUUUUCGAUUUUCUGAAAGAAUAUUAUUUCAAAAAUAUUUCUUCAAAUUUUGGUGAAGAUCCGCCCAUUAUUUAUGAAACUGUAGUAGUUUAAACGGAGCGCGCCGUAGCGCUCCAAGUAAGUGUCUAAAACUUUAAACGUUAAUUUCUUCUAUUCGCGUUUUUAAAACGGUUGCCCUCGCUGCGUCCAGACCAUUUAUCCGAUCCUUACCAAAUUUUGUACACUAAUACUAGAUACACGUAUCUAGGGAAUGAACGAAAGGAUUUUUCGAAAAAAUGCCAAUUUUUUUUUCUUUUAUCAAAAACGGCGAUUUUUCUGUAAAAAUGUCAAUUUUUUCGUAAAAAGUCGACUAUUUUGAAAAAAAUUAAAAAAUCAAUAUUUCCUUUCGUUCAUUUCCUGCGCCAACAUCUCUACUAAAGGAUAACACUCGGUUUUUAUGUUUCUGAUGAACCAAUUUUUGCCAGUGAGGGCAACCGAAAAUCACCUUUUUUUUUGGACUCUUAGAAAAGUGGCCACAGACAACACAAUUUACAAUAUUUUUACACACAAAAAAUUGUGAAUAUAGUUCAGAUAUAUAACUUACAUAUACCAAAAAUUUGUAUUAAUAUUAAUAAAACUGGCUGCAAAAAAAAUUCACAAAAGAACCGCUUUUUUUUGCACUCGAAGGUGACGUGUCCUCUUAAAAUGUUGACUAAAUUUUGUUCGAUGUAAGAAACCUUCUUCAAGGGAAGGGAAAGUGAAAGUUUGUUAGAAUAACGUCCUCUUUUGUUGGAGAUUAAAAAAAGAAGAAAGAAAGAAAAGAAGAUUGCGUCAGUAAGAGAAACCCGAAAAGCGGGCGAAGCCGAUAACGUGACUCAUUGUUCGCGUCAUAUUCAACGUAAAUAUAUCUAUGUAUAUGUAUAUGUUUAUUAUAUACAUUGUAUAUUUCUCUAUAUAUGUAUCAACGACGAGAAAGCUUUAAGAGAAUAGAAAAUUCGUGCGUGGGUGGUGAAAGCGAGUGUGCGAAGUGAGUGACUUAACGACACAAUCCUCGUCAUUACAACGAUAUUAUUAGAAAGUUGAAAAUAGAUUUGUGUUUUGUCGAUGAUUGGACAAUGUUUCGCUGUUUUGCGAUGUUUCUUGAUUCGUAAACGCACACUUAAAAUCUCUGUAUUAUUUUCUAUGAAUUAUUUAUAAUAAUUAAAAGAAAGAAAGUCUUAUUGGUGUAAUCCUAAAUAUAAAUUAUUAUCAAUAAUUUUCAAUUACUUGUAUUGUUAUCAAGUGUAUGUACAAAUCUUAGGUAGCCAUUUUGUUGCGUAUUUAUGUGUGGAAUGUUGAAAUAUUCAUAUUUGUGUUGCGAGUAUAACGGUUAAAGACGAACUCAAUAAAGAAUAAAAAGAAAAAUAUGCGAAGGAAGAAGAGGAGGAUGAGGAGAAAGGGCGUUCGAUCACCCAGCACGUUCGACACAAGCAAUUGAGAAAGGGGGAAUGAAGAAGACCUGCAAUUCACUGACCCAAAAUUAUUGUAUCUAGACAAAGCGGGAUCCGUGUGAAAGCUGCUGGUUUGCUGGGCUCUCGUGAAUGGCCGUGAAUGACGUCAAAGCUCGUGGAAAAAUUGCGCAAUUUCACCAUUCCGAUGGCCACCGCGGAAUUUGUUCAGGCAGCUUUCUUUCUGCAUCGCAUCCGCGUUAGGAAAGAUCGAGCAAACAAAGGCUUUCCAAUGACUCCUACACUUAUGAGAAAAAACGAACACACGAUGGAGAGGACGUGGCGGAGUAUACGAAAGAGGGCCUUUAUCUUAUUGCUGUCUUUACUAUUCCUGGCCGGUGUAAAAUGCGAAGCACCACUUGUCGACAGUAGCGCUUUGCCAUUGGAGCACAGAUCGGUUUACGGCCCACCAGCGCAAUAUGGACCUCCCACAUCGCACGGAGCGGAAGAGAAUUGGCCUUUGGCUUCACCCGACACACCGCAGAUAAAACAUCUACAGGUGCAAUGUGAGAAGACGCAUAUGCGGGUCAACAUCGAGUUCGAUCGACCUUUUUACGGUAUGAUCUUCAGCAAGGGCUUUUAUUCGGAUCCCCAUUGUGUUCAUCUAAAACCAGGCACUGGCCAUUUGAGUGCAACUUUUGAGAUCUUCUUGAAUUCGUGUGGCAUGACGUCUUCGGCAAAUCACAACGUAGCCGCUUACGGAGCACCCACGCCAUCGGGUAGUUACGUCGAGAACACAAUCAUAGUUCAAUACGAUCGUUAUGUCCAAGAAGUCUGGGACCAAGCAAGAAAACUUCGUUGCACUUGGUACGAUUAUUACGAGAAGCAAGUAAACUUUAGGCCGUUCCAAGUAGACAUGUUGCAUGCCGUAACAGCUAACUUCCUCGGUGAUAAUCUACAAUGUUGGAUGCAAAUACAAGUCGGCAAAGGACCAUGGGCCAGUGAGGUAUCUGGUAUCGUUAAAAUUGGACAGACUAUGACUAUGGUAUUAGCCAUCAAGGACGUAGAAAAUAAGUUCGAUAUGCUGGUCAGGAACUGUGUUGCCCAUGACGGCAAAAGAGCACCGAUUCAGUUGGUCGAUCAGUACGGGUGCGUCGUCAGGCCUAAGAUCAUGUCCAGGUUCCACAAGGUGAAGAAUUUUGGACCGAGCGCUUCUGUCGUCAGUUUUGCUUACUUCCAAGCCUUCAAAUUCCCCGACAGUAUGAACGUUCAUUUCCAAUGCGUAAUUCAAGUCUGCCGUUACAAUUGCCCCGAACUGAAGUGCGGUCAUCCGGGCUUGGAAUAUGGUGCACCCGCUGCUUCCUUAUCUCAGGAUUACGGUACUCCGGUCCACCAAAGCGUGUCCUCCGAAUAUGGACAACCCCCAUUGCCGGAGUACAGUGUACCACCUGCUUAUCCCGAUCCCAGGCAUCCUAGUGGACCAGCUGGAGCUUACAGUGAGCCAAAUCCAGAUGUAGUCCCAGCACCUCAAGCGCAAACGUCCUCAUCCUCGCCAAGUUCAACGCCUGGCGAUGCGACGGCGAGUAGUUCACCUCAGAGCUCUAAUGAUAACAUACAUCUCCCUCCGCCUCCUCUACCCGGUCACCCAGUUGGAGCUUAUCAAACUGUCAAAAGAAAAGGUACGGCCGGUUCAGAGGAGCUCGAGGGUAACCUAGCUACUCUCGGAGGCCGACCAAGGUCGGUCGAAGGUUUUCCAGCCGAGCUUAGGGGAGCUCGGAGACGAAGACACGAUCGUUUGGAGGAAGACGAUGACACAUUCUAUCAUACAGUCUCUCUAGUCACGAAUCAUGUGUACAAACGAGCUGCCCAAGAGAUGACGGACGUUAACACGUCGAGAAUUAUUCAAGUAGUAGCACCUGGUGACGUGAAUUUUGCAUUGGGAACGACGAAUUCUAACAACGAUACCACUGUCGUAAUACAAAACGCCAGCGCUUCGACUGAUCCUGAGACGAUUUGUAUGAGUUUGCCAGGCUUCGUUGGAGGUCUGGUGAUGUUGCUAUUAGUAGUGGUCGUAGCAUCUCUCGUUGCUGCUUUCCUCUUCGUCAGGGUACGCUCGGUUGAUCGGAAGAACGUUGCAAUUGGAAGUACCUUCGUUCAUCCGGCCUACGCCACUGACAAUUGUACCGUACCGAAUCCUGAGUUCAUCAAGGUCGCCAAUUGAGAAGACGUUCUUACGUCUAACUACUCGAAGGACCUCGAAUAAGGACCUCUUAUGAGGAUUGGUUGGAAGGAGGGUACGUCGACGAUCCUAAAGGAAAGGACGAACCCUUGGGACCGCUCGUCGAGACGUUAUUUCGUUCACGACUCGAGAUUUAUCGGGGAUUCCAUCUCUUUAUUCUUUUUCUUAUUUUUCUUUUUUUCUUUUUCUUUCUCGCUUUUUAUUUCUAUCCGUUCUUUUAUUCUCCCGUUUCUUCUUAUUCGUCGCUUAUCGAAUCGCUUCCUUCUCGGAUUCUAUCUCCUUAUCUCUCUUUCUCUCUUUUUCUUUUUCUCUUUACGUACGAUCAAAUUCUCCACAGAGAUAUCAAAAUACUUCGAAUAGAAAUUCGGUCAUAUCGAUUUUUGAAGUCGAAGGAAACUUCCUCGUUCGCGUCGUGAUCAAAUUUCUCGGAUGUUAAUCGAUGAGAAGAAAACUCUGAUGUUAGGAAGCAUUUUUGAUAAGCUAUGCUUAAAUCAAAGUAUUUCUACACUUCUCGAUAUACUGUGAAUAUAUAUAUAAUUUAUUUCUUUUGUUUAUUUAUUUUAAAAUAAUAAGCGAAAAAAUAAGAUCGGUAGUUUUCACGAUCGAUCGAGAGAACACGUAAUCGAGGUAACGUUUUUCGCCGAGCGUGUCAUCUUCUAUGCUAGGUGGUCAAUACACUUGCGAUUUUGUCAAUGAAUUUUGUAAGAUCGCAGGAGUAUCGGCUAAAUUAGUUUUUUAUAAACAUUGUACAUAAAUCGCAGGCUAUCGGAAUUGUCUUUUGAAACUUUUGACAAAUUUUCGCACGGAAUCCUGCGCUUUCGAUCAUCACCCGUGUACACUUUCUUAUUUAUAUAUACAUUCGCUCACACUCACUCACUCACUUACUCAUACAUAUACACAUGUAUGUAAGAUUUUUUGUUUUAAAUCGAACCUUUUAAUAUUUCCCUUGAAUAGUGUAAUAUGAACAAAUUUGAUAAAACUAAUUUGAAUUUGUUCGAAGAUGAAAAUAAAACAAAUUUGUAGUUUAUUUAGGCUAUCGGUGUCUUUGCGAUCAUAUUAUAUAUUUUUUCUUGUAAUAAUAUGAUAGCUUAAAACAAAAUAAAUUUGAGGAUAAAAAAUAUCAACACAUGUAUGUCACAUUUAGAUUCUAUCACGUAACAAUUUGUCAUGGCACUCGAUUCGAGGAAAAUGUGUACUUUAAUAUAUUCGAUUUAAAUGAGACAAUUCGUACAUGCAUAUUUACAUAUUAUACAUGUAUAUCAAAUUGUGUGUUCUUGUUUUACUUGAGUUAUUUCGUAUCACCUUCAUGGUAGCUCAAGACAUAUCGCAAACUUCGUGAUUUGUCGCCAACACAGAAAGUUCGUCCAAGUUCGCUUUAUUUGGCGACUUAUUUUUAUUAUUAUUUUAGAAUUUUUCUAUUUAUUUGUCCUCUCUCUCUCUCUCUCUCGCG